AUGAACCCCGUCGGAGUGGCUUGUGCAGCAGCCCCCAAGCCGUCGACCUUUGAUUACUUCACCGAGCGAUACUACCAUCAGUACGUUGUGAAGAACUGCAAAGGCGUUGAGGGCAACAACUGCCGGCUGUUGGUUCACAGCAACGGCAUAUGCGUAUUGUGCCUUGAUGAAACCCAUAGAGUGGUUAGGGCUGCCAAGAGUAGCGCCGGGGCUGUGGAAACGAAUGUAGCCUCCGUUGUGUUUGGCUCGGGUCGGGGAAACUCACAACUGUCGUCAGGAAGCAUUCAUGUUGUCGGUAAGCGGAAAAAACAAGCUGCGGUGUGUCAAGUCGACACGAAAAUAUGCAUCAUCACGAUGUCGGACGGCACCGUCUACCACAUCCCUGCAUGUGUUGAUGGUUUUGUCCUGGAGUUGAAUUCGGCACUUCAACAGCACCCCAACUUGCUCCUGGAUGCGCCCACAGCUGAGGGAUACAUAGCGCUUAUCUCACCAAACUAUAGUAAGGUGAAGUUUAGCGAGUUCACUAAGCUCUCCGCCCCAACGGGAGGUGAUGUGGUUGAGGAGGAAGAGGAACCCGAAGGACUUCACAAGUAA